AUGUACAGAAAAGCAACGCACAUGGAUAUACCUGACGUUUGCCACACUAAUGUUGAAAAGCCCUCAACCGAUCAGUUGGUCAUCGCUUGGCGAUAUCAAAAUCUUCCCGCCUCGGACAUGGCCCCUCAUGGCGUAAAUAAGAAGUCGCUUUCCAAUGACUUCGAUAUGACUAGUAAUUUAGACCUAGCAGAGUUCGCCUCUAUUCCCACCUUGACUUCGUGCGAAUUUCGAGUCGAUUCGUUUUCCAGUUUGGAAGAAAAUCUCUUGAAAGUUUUGGAACACGUUGAGAAAAUCGUUCGUAGUGAAAAGCCUUCUGUACAUAGGAUAGGCAAGUUUUUUAUCGAUUCGAUUGCGUCGCCACUGUGGGGUCGACGACCUCGAAACCUUCAGGCAUGUCUUGCCAAUUUCAUGGUUCGUCUGCGUCUUCUCCUUCGUCACUCCUUCCAUGUUGUCUACAUCACUGUCUCAAAGCUGGCACUUCAAGAAUCAGGUGUGGAGUCGAGAUGGCUGAGCUACUCUGAUUACGCCUUCAAGGUGACCGGCUUUGAUGGUCUAGAGGCUAGCGGUAACGUGACCGCCAACCCACUCUACGGGGAGUAUAACGGACUCCUGAGGGUGCUCAAACUUCCCUCAGUCAGUGGAAUGCACUUGGAGCCGAUUGCACGUCCCCUCACAUUGGAUUGGGCCUUCAAAGUCAGGCGAAAGCAAUUUAUUCUGAAGUACCUGGACCUCCCGCCUUGUCUUUCGGAGACCGUCAGUCGCUCCAACGUGGCUGCACCUCACUCGCAUUGCGCCUCAGCUGCUAAUGGUGGUGGCAAAGAAAUGGUACCUGAUGACGUGGUAAAUGAUGGUGGCCAGUUUUAUAACACUGGCGGCUACUGGAUGAUUUCCAGUCGGCCCAUGAAUGGCGUUUUCCCCAUCAACCGCAUCGUCGACAUCGCCUUCGAUGUAUACGAGGAGCUCGUGUGGUGUGUUACCGCGACUGGUCAGUUGACAAGUUUCUACGGUGGCACACUGGAGCAGUACACCACGGUACCAGUAAUCCCAGUGGGCUCAACAGUGACUGACGGCUCCCCACAGGAGUGUGAGCUCAAAUCCGUCCUCCCCUCACCACGAUACACCGAGCGCAUAGUCUACAUACUGGCGAGAAAUGCCAUCUUCGCCUACUCCAAGUUUUGCCGACCUGUCGGCUAUUCUACAACAGAGAAGAUGCAGGCACUGGAGUGUAUGGUGGCGUGUCGUGGUACGCCCUGCGCCACCUCGCCCAGCGACUCCGCUGAUUUCGAUCGCUUCUUCUGUGGGGGUCUACAGCCGGAGGUGUUUGAGCUGGACGCCGUGAGUGGCGCCAACUGGGGCUCCCUCAUCCGCACCAUCCACGUGGGGAAUGAAGGGGCUGUCAGUCUGAAACCCUUCGCUUUUGGUCUCUGUGCUGCCAACACUACUGGUCAGGUGAAGAUAAUUGAUCCGCGAGCAAUGCAGGGUGUGGUGCGCUCCUUUGAGGCACAUUCGGGCGAGAUCUCCGACAUGUCGAUCCUCUACGACGGCUUCACCCUCAUUACCUGCGGCUGGUCGCGCAAGCUUAAUGGCUCCCUUCGUAUUGACCGACUAGUCAAUGUGUAUGAUUUGCGCUUUGGCCGCUAUCAGGCGCCACUAUCGACCGUAGUGGAUCCCAGUUUUUUGGCGACGGUUGGACCCACGCAAAGAAUCAUGGUUGCCUCCCAGUCAGGCGCCUUCCAGACCCUUGAAUUUGAGGCACCCAAUUUAGACCCAGAGAGCUUGGGCAACAUCAUGCUUGACUGCUACGAUCGAAUCGUCUCCUUCUGCGUCUCAUCCAAUGGUCAAUGCCUUCUAUUCGGCACAGAGGGUGGAAAUAUACAUCUGUACUCGACUUCGCUAGACUCCUGCCGCUUCAAUCAUGCUUCCAUGCAGACGGAGUUUGCUUCGCCUUACGCUGACGGUCUCGUACCGGCCACUUUGGACAGCCUCUCCCCCGAGGACUACCACCACCCUGUGACCAGCCACCAUGCUCUUUCGGGGAUGGCCGGUAAAAAAUUGAUACGUAUCGCGAAUGCGGCUGUGGAUGCGACCGUGGCAAAGGAAACAGGAUACUCCUUCAUGCGACGGGCCCCCCUGAGCAGUAAUUACUUGGAGCGCAAGCGUCUGUUCGCCUUCAAUCAUGCCCUCUCUACGGCCUAUCAGCCAAUCAUGGACUUUGACGACACUAGCGCCUUCACCCUAUCCUCGGUGCCCUUCAUGCUUGACCCACCUGUGUGCAAUACCGCCGAGCUCGCUGAGUGGGUGUGCGAGGGCACGGGUAGUCGUAGGGACGGCCUCACCUCUGACUGGCCCUCCGACCUCUGCGGUGAGCCCAAUCGGCCCAUGCGUCCCGUAGACCCUGAGUUGCUGGCGAAGGCCAACAACACGGGUGUUGUCCAGAAGCCGCCAGACAUGGGACCGGUCUGGUGCCCCUACGACCCAACCCCAGUACCCACGAGUGACCUUGAGUUGGGCGCGAGGCGGAAAAAGCAGCUCAGUUAUGUACAAAAGAUGUGUCAAGACGCGAGUCCCUAG